AUGGAAUCGUGUCAAAUGCGUGUGGACGAGCUUCGUCUGCGUCUAGAUCAAUCUCUGGCGUCGUUCCAGCGUUCAUCACAACAAAAAGACAAGACGCGCUCGCUCCGUAUCGUGCGUCAGAACAGUACGGAGACGCUGAUUGAGAUCAACAAUAUUAUGGAAUCGUGUCAAAUGCGUGUGGAGGAGCUUCGUCUGCGUCUAGAUCAAUCUCUGGCGUCGUUCCAGCGUUCAUCACAACAAAAAGACAAGACGCGCUCGCUCCGUAUCGUGCGUCAGAACAGUACGGAGACGCUGAUUGAGAUCAACAAUCCAGGAGAGCGCUCUCGUUUCGACCGACUUUUGGCAACGUCGCCAUUGAAUGUGAUAUGUAGUAAUGGUAGCUCUCCUGCUCCAAAUAUCGCAUCCAGCCCUGCAGAUUCAACUGAUUCUGGCGUGGCUGUGUCACCACUUUCGUCGCCAUUUGGCCAUACGAAGUAUUCACCGUUCCACCAGUAUUCCAGUGGGAUGCGACAGCGCUCCGCUAGCGAAAGCGGCGAUUGGGAUGGUGUGGUACUGAAGAGUAUCCUCAAGAAACCUCAUCGCAGUGACCGGUUUUCAAGAUCUCAGUCAGAAACUCAGCAUUGCUGCGGAGAUAUCGCGUCGCAGCUUUCGCUUUUAAUGGAAUCGACUACCGAAAUUGAUGAGAAUGAAGAGCACACCGAAAAUGACGCCGAGUUGAUGACGGAGCAUCGAAAGAAACGCGUUUCGUUCAGUGAGAAAGUGCAGGAGCGACGUUUUCGCGUCGGACAAUGUAUACUAACCGCGGCUAGGAAAAAUGAGAAGAAACGCGCUUAUCGCAGACGCAAAGAAGAGAGGGAACGAGCUCAUAGCCAGGAGAGUAACAAUGAAAAUCACGCUGAUAGCAAC